GUAAAAAUUGAGGUUGUGUAAAAGUUAAGGUAUAUGAUAUUGACUACUUUUAUUGAAUAACUUUACAAACAGACUUGGAGCCUAUAGAUUUCCUAUGUUUAGUUCUUCCAAUUCAAUCAUGCCAAUUUUUUUAAAACAUAACGGAAUAUCUAAGAACUAAUUUUAUCCAAAAAACAACUCCCGGUGUUUCAAGAAUCCGAUCAAAUAACCAGGCAGAGGGUGCAAGGAAAGAAUCUCAAGUGUCUGCCAGUAGCCGGUUAAAAUUUCAUUGGAAGCCUUUGAAACUCGAAAGACACGUGUUGAUGAAGAUCAGGAAACCGACUGAACUAGUUUCUCCAUUUUCUUAACGAACUCCGGUGCCAAUUUUUUAUUGGGCUUCUUUUCAUUCUUCUCGGCCCGGAAGUCGAACCCGAAUGCGUACGAGACUUCUUCGGAGCUCCACCCGGAUUUCCUGAGCGAGCCCGAGAACCCAUCCGCUUUGACUAACAGCGCAUCGCGAACCGCUUGAUUGUCCAGGAUAACCAUCUCGCUGUCGAACAAUCCGGACGCUGACACGUGUAGGAUCUCCGAUACGUCGGAUUCCUUCCACCCACCUCCUCUCAGAACCGACCCGAUUUUCUCUAUGUACUCUUCCACCCAUUUAGGCGUUCCGGAUCUCCGCACUUCAAAGUACCGUUCCGGCGAAGAAGACGAGGAGGAGGACGAAUUCGACCUCCUUCUCCGCUUAUCCACGACGGCGUCGCUCCAGAACUCCACCCAUCGCGGGGUUCUCCCUCCGGCGGAGCUCUUCCUCGACGUAAUCGACGAGGACGACCCGGUUGAUUGAGAUUCUACACCGAUUUUGCGUUUUCCGCAGAGAAAAUUAAGGUCCGAAUUGAGGAACAGGGACGCCUCACGGUCGAAGAAAUCAGAUAGAUCGAAACCACAGCAGGACAGCUCAUUCUCGUCCACGUAGAAAAUAGGGUUCCCGGCUAGAGAAGGAUGGCAGGGGAUGUAACAAUGGUUGAAAAUUGGUAUCAGAAGCGGGGCUCUCUUCAGAGCAUUUCUAGCGAUUUUGAGCGCCUUCUCCGCAUCCGAAGGCCGCGGGCCCCACGACUUGGACCAGAGCCCGUUCCUGGCUAUAUGGAACGACACGGCGGCGGCGGGGAAAUCGAUCGACGCGCGAAGCUGGUGACGAGACGAGCGCCAAUCCGGAAAUCCAGGGCCAAGCGGAAGACCGGCGGAGAGGAUGGCUUUGAGGUCCGGCGGGAAGCAGAAGCCGUACUCGGCUUCAGCUCGGGCGAAUUCGGCGUCGGAUAAGCCGGAUUCUACUCGCACGCCGCAACUUCUGAGAUGGACGAUAACUUUAUGGACAAGCGGCGUGAAGGAGAAGAGACUGUUGCGGGCGGGAAGAGGGGUAGAAGGCGUGGACGCUGCUGCUCUGGCGGAGAGGCGGCGGAGGCCGGCUAGGUGGGCCGGAUUAAGCCCGGCCAUUCUCCGGUCAACGUCGACCAUUUUUGUUGCUUGAUCUGCGAAAGUAAGAAUCCGUUGGACUGAAAAGCAAAAGUGUGAACUCCAGAGAGUCCGUGUGAUGUUAUAAAAAAGGCGGAAAAGGAUUGAGAC